AUGAUGAUGACGAAGAUGACGAAGAUGAUGAUGAUGAGGAUGAUGAGGGACGUUAUUUCUCCUCCGUGCGUGUGGUGAUGAGUUUUUUUUUUGUGAGGAAGUCAAGUAAGAAAAUGGACGACUCCCCCGCGGCUCCGCUUCGCGACUCUUUACCGGAACCAGCGACUCAAACUGGGAUCUUUACCCUCAAGCCGUCGGCGGAGAUGGACUGAGAAGCGACGGACAACAACGAUGCUAACAUGCUAGCCCGCUCCUCGGUGUUUGUUUCACCUUUUGAGGGUUUUAAACUCCACUAACGACACCUCUGUCACUCCUUUAACUUAUUAUUCUGUAACGCUAACUAACCGUGACAGUUAACUAGUGGUUAACCCUCACCUGGUGACACAUCUACGUCCAGCUACGUUAGUUAGCUCACUUCAGAAGUAGCUAGUCCCCAAAAAAACAUUGGUUAAGCUAAUUAACGUGGCGUUAGCUUGACAACAUUGAUGUUAUGACUAGUUUGGUUUAUUAGACAACAGGGAAGUCGUAUUAAACGCUAAUGGUGUCGUGCUACAGGUCAUUCAUUGUUUAAAAAGGGGGAACUAGGUUAAAGAAGUAACUUAGCAUCACCUUUACUCUGUUCUCUGAGACUGAGGCUGGAGAGCAUCGUCUUCUAACGUCCAGCUCUGCGAUGUGUUCAGAUAACCUCUCAUCAGAAGAUUAGAAACUCACAGGAGGAGACGAUAAGGAUAAUAAAAACAAUAUGGGUGAUUCCGUGAGCUUCUCCUGACAUGUUUCCAUUCAAACGUGCUACGCUAGCACAGGAAACCUGACACCUCCUCACAUGCUCUGCACACAGACUCGCAGGCAGCACAUAUUUUCCAGAGCAGCCUCAUCAAGCGGAGCCCAGAUAUGCGUCUGUCCUCGUUGCUGGCCCUGUUCAGGCCUGCGCUGCCCCUCAUCCUGGGGCUGUCCCUGGGAUGCAGCCUCAGUCUGCUGAUGGUGUCCUGGACGCAGGGGGACCCCGACGACUCGUGCAGGGACGAGCUGGGCAACGGGAGGCUCUUCCAGGGCAGAGGGGACAGCCAGGGGGUGUCCAGGGAUGAGGCCGGAGACGAGGACAUCCAGCCCCGCAUCGUGCCCUAUCACAAGGACCCGAACAAGCCGCACAAGAAAGUCCUCAGAACCCGAUACAUCCACACUGAACUGGGCAUCAGGGAGCGCCUCCUGGUGGGCGUGCUGACCUCUCGGGCCACGCUGAACACGCUGGCCGUGGCAGUGAACCGUACGGUCGCCCACCACUUCCACCGCACCUUUUUCUUCACGGGUCUGCGCAGCCCCAAGGUGCCUCACGGCAUGACUGUGGUCGCCCACGGCGACGACCGCCCGGUGUGGCUGAUGUACGAGACGGUGCGUCACCUCCACCAGCACUACGGCUCAGACUACGACUGGUUCCUCUUAGCCCAGGAUGACACUUACCUGCAGGCAGACCGUCUGUCUGAGCUCGUGGGCCACCUCAGUGCAGGUCAGGACCUGUACAUGGGCCGGGCGGAGGAGUUCAUCGGUGGGGAGGAGAAGGCACGCUACUGCCACGGGGGUUACGGCUAUCUGCUGUCUCGCAGUCUGCUGGCCCGCCUGCAGCCCCAUCUCGACACGUGCCGUAAUGACAUCCUCAGCGUGAGACCUGAUGAGUGGCUGGGCCGCUGCAUCAUUGACUACCUGGGUCUCAGCUGCGUGGAAGUGCACCGGGAGAUGACCUACCGCUACUUUGAACUGGGGAAAAACGCCGAUCCAGAGCGAGAAGACAGCACCCAGUUUAAAAACGCCUUCACAGUGCAUCCUGUAUCAGAACCGAAUCUCAUGUACCGCCUGCACAAACGCUUCAGCCAGAUCGAGCUGGAAUGGACGUACCUACAGAUCGAACAGCUCCAGAUGCAGAUCAACAACCUGAGCGAGCGGACGCCAGAGGGAAAGGCCGGAGUCACGUGGCCAAUAGGAAUCAACCCUCCCUUCAAGCCAAGAACCCGUUUUGAGGUGAUCAACUGGGAGUACUUCACAGAGGAGCACAUUUACUUGUGCGUCGACAGCGCUCCAAAGUGUGAGAUGAGAGGGGCGGACCGCGCGGAUGUAAGCGCCGUUCUGGAGAUCGCGGUGGAGCGCCUGAACGAACGCUACCAGCCACAGCUACGCUUCCGCAAACGCCGUCUUCUCAACGGGUACCGGCGCUUUGACCCCACGCGCGGUAUGGAGUACAUGCUGGACCUGGCUCUGGAGGCCUAUACCCAGAAAGGCCACAGUCAAGUCAUUGUAAAACGGGUCAACCUGCUGCGGCCCCUCAGUGCAGUGGAGAUAAUCCCCAUGCCUUAUGUGACGGAGGCCACACGGGUGCAGGUCAUCCUACCCGUCACCGCCCAGGAUCAGGAUUAUGUCAGCAACUUCCUCGACAUGUAUGUGAUGAACACUCUCGACACCCACGAUAACGUUUUGCUCACGUUCCUGUUCAUAUACGAUCCGUUUGACGCGCAGCGAGUCAGCCAGACGGACGUGUUCGCCGGCAUCAAGGCCAUGAUCGGGGAGGUGGAGAAACGCUACGGCGACGUGAAGAUCCCGUGGAUAAGCGUGAAGACGGAGGUGCCCUCGCAGGUGAAGCUGAUGGACAUCAUCUCCAAGAAGCAUCCGGUGGACACGCUGUUCUUCCUGUCCAGCGUGUGGACGGAAGUCAACGCGGACUUCCUGAAUCGCUGCAGAAUGAACGCCAUCAGCAACUGGCAGGUGUUCUUCCCGAUCCACUUCCAGGAGUACAGCCCCGCCGUCGUCUACCGCGACCAGCAGCCCUCCGCUGCCUCUUCUUCUUUCGCCUCCGAGUCGCUGAGGGACGGCCACUUCGACCGUCACGUCUUUGACGAGGCCUGCUUUUACAAUGCGGAUUACAUGACCGCACGGACCAAGAUGGCUGCCGACAUCUUAGACAACGAGGAGCUGCUGGAAAGCAUGGACGUGUACGACAUAUUUGUUCGCUACUCGGGCUUACAUGUGUUUAGAGCCGUGGAGCCGGCGCUCAUCCAGAAAUACGUACGACGAGCGUGCAACCCGCGGUUCAGUGAGGACAUCUACCACCGCUGCGUGCUCAGCAACUUGGAGGGUCUGGGGUCACGCUCGCAUCUCGCCAUGGCGCUGUUUGAACAAGAGCAGGCCAACAGCACCUAGAUCUCACUGGGACCUCUGGUACGUUGUGGUACUUCGAGAGCGUUGAACCUCUAACACACACUCACACUCUCUGCCUCGAGGAAAGGAAAGUCACGCAGAAUAAUGUGAAUUUUAACACGGUACUUUUAUGAUCCACACACUGAAGUUGUCACUCAUUCAAACGGAACCGUCUCGUGCGUGGACUCUGACCGAGCGAACGUGUGCUGGUGCUGAGCUCAAAGGUGUCAAAUCUGACUUAUGAGUCUAUAUCGAGGAAUCUGUCACGUCUAGAGGAAAUAUGACUCAUCAAAGAUUCUCCUCACAUCUCGCUCCCUGAUCGAGGACACAGACAGAACAGUCAAUAGUACCGUUGCUGUUCUAACUGGAGCUGAAGAACAAUAUUUACACUCCAUUGAAUAUAUAUGAAAAAUAAGUUAAUAAAAAAAAAAGACUUAAUUUCUUAAUAAUUAUUUGAGGAAAAACACACUUGAGCCACAAAUCUUCUUUUGGGAAGAUGUUGAAAAAUAAUACUGGAACAAGCUGAAGCUGCCUUUAUUUUAAGAUAUGUUCUUUUUUUUUUUUUUUAAAGAGGUAUUAUUAUUAAAGAGUGUUAUUGCCGCUGUGA